UAAAUUCUCUCUCUCCGCCAUUUGUUGACGUUCGCCGUUCUAUCCAACUCCUUCGUUUCGGUCUCUUAAAUCGAAGAAGAAGAAGAAGAAGAAGAGGAGGAAGAGGAGGGUGUAGGCAUUUGUUCGAAAUGGAAGAAAGCGGAGAAAAAUGGUACUUCGAUAUUUGCAAGAUUUGAGUCGCGGAGGUCGAUCCCUUCUAUCUCUGCGCUCCGGCGGUCGCCGAUGCUUGUGGUGACACUAUUAAGUAUAUUCGCUGCGGCUUUCCAAAAAGCUAUCCUCAUUGUUAAAUAUUGAAGACUUGAAGUUGGGUUAUUACAUUUCAUUAACUUUGAAACUUCUUUCCUGCAAUAUACAUUGCCUUCUUCCAGAAACAUGAUACCAAAUUCUUGUACAAGUCUUUUAACAAUGUACUCGGAUGGAAUGAAGGAUUUUCCACAAGCUGUGAAAACAAUUUCUCGUGCGAUGAGUUCUCCUGGUCUGAUUGCUGAUCUUGAGGGAAGUAUAAAAAAUGAUGAUGAUAUGGACAAUUUGACAUCGGUAUCACGUCGAAGAAUAAUAAUAGUUGCUAAUUUUCUCCCACUUCAUUCUUUGAAAGAUCAACAAACGGGAAAGUGGUGCUUUUCAUGGGAUGAAGACUCAAUUCUGCUGCAGCUUAAAGAUGGUUUAUCUUCUGAAACUGAAGUUAUUUAUGUUGGCAGUCUUAAAGUUGACGUGGAUCUUAGUGAGCAGGAAGAAAUCGCUCAAAGGCUUUUGGAUGAUUACAACUGCGUCCCCACCUUCCUUCCUUCCGACCUUCUAAAUAAAUUUUAUCAUGGUUUCUGUAAGAAACAGUUGUGGCCACUUUUCCAUUACAUGCUUCCCAUCUGUCUCAACAAGGGAGAACUUUUUGAUCGAUCUCUUUUUCAAGCUUAUGUUUCAGCUAAUAGAAUAUUUGCUGACAAGGUGAUGGAAGUGAUUAAUUCAGAUGAUGACUAUGUAUGGGUUCAUGAUUAUCACCUAAUGCUGCUUCCCACUUUUUUGAGGAAGAGACUCAACCGAAUCAAGCUUGGUUUCUUCCUCCACAGCCCAUUUCCUUCCUCAGAAAUUUACCGGACUCUCCCUGUCAGAGAAGACGUUCUCAGAGGAUUGCUUAACUCUGAUCUAAUUGGUUUUCAUACAUUUGAUUAUGCCCGCCACUUUCUCUCUUGUUGUAGUCGAAUGCUUGGGCUGAACUAUGAAUCUAAGCGUGGUCACAUUGGAAUCGAGUAUGGCGGUCGUACUGUAGGCAUUAAAAUUCUUCCUGUUGGUGUUCACAUAGGACGGCUUCAAUCUCUAUUAAGUCUUCCUGCUACGAUUAGCAAGGUUCAAGAAAUUGAGCAGAAGUUUAAGGGCAAAAAGUUGCUAGUAGGUGCAGAUGACAUGGAUAUCUUCAAGGGCAUCAGCUUGAAGUUACUUGCACUUGAAAUUCUACUCAAAAGGAACACUGAUCUAAGAGGAAAACUGGUUCUGGUUCAAAUUGUAAAUCCAGAAAGGAGCUCUGGUAAGGAUGUGGAGGAUGCAAAAUCAGAGGCAUUAUCAUUAGUAGAAAGAAUCAACCUUCGCUUUGGUAACCAAGGCUACAAUCCUGUGGUACUCAUCGAUCAUGCGAUCCCAUUUCAUGAAAAGAUUGCCUACUACGUUGCUGCGGAGUGUUGCAUCGUAAAUGCAGUAAGGGAUGGGAUGAAUUUGGUGCCAUAUGAAUACAUAGUUUCUCGGCAAGGAACUAAGGAGAUGGAUAUUUUAAGAGAUGUUGUCAAUGGUUCCGCACGAACCAGUGCACUUAUUGUAUCUGAAUUUGUGGGAUGCUCGCCAUCUCUUAGUGGAGCAUUCAGGGUGAACCCUUGGAGUGUUGAGGAUGUGGCCGAUGCUUUAUAUCACGCCAUCGACAUGAACGAGUCUGAAAGGCAGCUGCGGCAUGAAAAGCAUUACCGCUACGUGAGCUCUCAUCAUGUUGCUUAUUGGGCUCGCAGCUUUUCUCAGGAUCUUGAGAGGGCAUGCAAAGAUCACUACAACCGAAGGUGCUGGGGUGUUGGCCUUGGUUUAAGUUUCAGAGUUGUUUCCCUUUCUCCUAGUUUCAGGAAGCUCUCAGUUGACCAUGUGGUCUCUUCCUACAAUAGAACCACUGGGAGAGCAAUCUUCUUAGACUAUGAUGGAACACUCAUGUCAGAAACAUCUAUAGUAAAGGAUCCAAGCACAGAAAUUAUUUCUGUGCUGAAGACCCUGUGCAUUGAUCCUAGGAAUAGCGUGUUUAUUGUUAGUGGAAGAGGUCGGGCUUCUCUUGCAAAAUGGUUUUCAUCAUGUGAAGCACUUGGAAUUGCUGCUGAGCAUGGCUAUUUCAUCAGGUGGAAUGCAUCUUCUAAUUGGGAAUCCAGUCCGGUUGUGGUGGAUCCAGAGUGGAAGAAGAUAGCGGAACCUGUCAUGAAAUUGUAUACAGAGACAACUGAUGGAUCUUCCAUAGAAGUGAAGGAGAGUGCUUUGGUCUGGCAUUAUCAAUAUGCUGAUCAUGACUUUGGCUCCUGCCAAGCCAAGGAGUUGCUGGACCAUCUUGAGAGUGUUCUUGCCAACGAGCCGGUUGUUGUUAAAAGUGGGAAUCAAAUUGUGGAAGUUAAACCACAAGGAGUCAGCAAAGGACUGGUUGUCGAGAAGCUGCUUAGGACGCUUAUAAAUGAAGGAAAAUCGCCUGAUUUUUUGAUGUGUAUCGGCGAUGAUCGGUCUGAUGAGGACAUGUUUGAAAGCAUCAAUUCUACAGCCUCCAGUUCAUUAUUUCCUGCAAUUCCUGAAGUGUUUGCCUGUACAGUUGGCCAGAAGCCAAGUAAAGCAAAAUAUUUUGUCAAUGACACCAUGGAAGUGCUCAAGUUGCUGCAAGGCAUUGCAGACUCUUCGAAUCUAAGGAAUAAAAACAUUAAAAGGCAAGUUUAGAGUAGAUCAGUCGGCGGAUUUGUGUUUUGCUUCUGCACGAGAAGAUGAUGGACCUGGUUGUAAAAUCUGUGUGAUUACAGGGUUGUUUGAACUGCUUGUUUGACCACCUUUGAGCUCCUUCUGGCUUGCAAUUCUUUUUGCGGUUCUUCGCAGAAGGAACAAACCCUCUAACUCUGACUAUAGUGAAGAACAACUUAAAUAAACAUAAAUAGUAGCAGGGGAGCAAGCUUUUGGAUACCCCUUUCACUAGACUUCACUAUGCCUUGUGUAGCAGGCUUCUUUUUUUUUUUAUUUUUUAUUUUUUGUAAAGCUGAUGGAAUGAUUCACAUAUUUUUCAAUGACUUUAAAGGAGCGUUCAGUACUAAUUAACAAAGGUUUUUUUCUUGCAAG